CCAUUGAAUAAAUUGUGUACAACUGUUCCUUGUGACUGAUAUUCCCCAUCAUCGAAUAAUAUCUAUAUUCUAAGGUUUAUUACAACAAGUUCCAGAUUGAGGGGAAUACACAUCUGGAGUGUUCGGCAAAGAAAUCUGAUCAAUCGGAUGUCGAUCUUUUUUGUCGGACGUUUUCGACCUAGCAAAGGGAUUUUAUCAACAGCGUUUUCUUUAUAUUUAGAUUUUAUCUGUGUUGCAAGCUCUCCAGUGUCGUUUUGAAGAGCGUCUUAGUUUGUUUAUACUUGUUUUAUAUUUUUUUUAUUUAUUAUUAAUAUAUCGAAAAAAAUGUCGUUGGGUGCGAAAAAUAUUAUUAAGAAUACAGAAACAUCUCGUCAAAAUCUUAGUUAUUCGAGAAUUAGGAUAGUACCUAGAGUAUUUUUGAAGGUAGAAUGUGGAAUGUUGUCGGGAAACACCUCAGAUCCAUUAGAAAAUAUUUCAAUUGGAAAUUCUCAAGUGGUCCUGCAUCCUAGCUCUGUCAGAUUGACACCAGCAAUAAAUAAUAACUGCUCACCAUCAUUUACAGAUAAUACUGAGCUGUGGAGUGAUAUGACCACUAAACAGCUUAUUGCUUCAUAUAAAAAAUAUGACAAAGAAUUUUCGACAGGUAUCAAAAAAUUUGUUUGGGACAAAAUUUCAAACGAAAUGUCUAAAAUAUUUGGCUACCAAUUCACCUCGCAACAAUGCGAUACUAAAUGAAAGGGUCUUAAAAACACCUAUAAAACAGUAAGAAGACAUAACGAGUAAUCAGGUAAUGCCCAUAAGUACUGGAAAUAUUAUGAUACAAUGAAUGAUAUACUGUUCAGCAAACCAGAGAUAAGUGCAGU